CUCACUGGGUCCCGCCCCCUGAACAGGGGGGUCGGGCCUUGGUGUGGUGGGGGAUCUCCGCUCAUGUCCUGCCCUCCUCUCUCCCGGCCUCGGCUCCUCCGUGGGCCCGGCCCCGCUGGGUAGGGGGUCGGGCUCCUGCAGGGGGGCGGUAGCCGCGGCGCUGACAGCUGCUCCCCGCCCCCGCGGCCCGCCACGUCCCUCACGUACCGCCCGGGCAAGCAGCGAAGCGGCAACCUGGCACCCGGGGCUCCGGCUCCUCCGGCAGGCCUCGGCAUGAGACUGGCGCGGCUGCUGCGGAGGCUUGUCUCGGCCGGCCCGGGUCCCGGGCUGCGCUCCCCUCGCCCCAGCGCCAGCCGCAGCCUCGCUUCCGACUCGGGCUCCGGCCCGGCGGCCGAACGAGGCGUUCCGGGCCAAGUGGACUUCUACGCGCGUUUCUCGCCGUCCCCCCUGUCCAUGAAGCAGUUCCUGGACUUCGGAUCUGUGAAUGCUUGUGAAAAGACCUCAUUUAUGUUUCUGCGGCAAGAGUUGCCUGUUAGACUGGCAAAUAUAAUGAAAGAAAUAAGUCUCCUUCCAGAUAAUCUGCUCAGGACACCAUCAGUUCAACUGGUACAAAGCUGGUAUAACCAGAGUCUUCAGGAGCUUCUGGAUUUUAAGGACAAAAGCGCUGAAGAUGCUAAAGCUAUUUAUGACUUUACAGACACUGUGAUACGGAUCAGAAAUCGACACAAUGAUGUCAUUCCCACCAUGGCCCAGGGUGUGGUUGAAUAUAAGGAGAGCUUCGGGGUGGAUCCUGUCACCAGCCAGAAUGUUCAGUACUUUUUGGAUCGUUUCUACAUGAGUCGCAUUUCAAUUAGAAUGCUGCUCAAUCAACACUCUUUAUUAUUUGGUGGAAAAGGCAAAGGAAGUCCUUCUCAUCGAAAACACAUAGGAAGCAUCAAUCCAAAUUGCAAUGUAGUUGAAGUUAUUAAAGAUGGCUAUGAAAAUGCUAGGCAUCUAUGUGAUUUGUAUUAUUUUAACUCUCCUGAGCUAGAACUUGAGGAAUUAAAUGUAAAAUCACCAGGACAGCCAAUACAAGUGGUUUAUGUACCAUCCCAUCUCUAUCACAUGGUGUUUGAACUUUUCAAGAAUGCAAUGAGAGCAACUAUGGAGCACCUUGCCGACAAAGGUGUUUACCCCCCCAUUCAGGUUCACGUCACUCUAGGUAAUGAGGAUUUGACUGUGAAGAUGAGUGACCGUGGAGGCGGUGUUCCUUUGAGGAAAAUCGACAGGCUCUUCAACUACAUGUAUUCAACUGCACCUCGGCCUCGUGUGGAGACAUCCCGAGCAGUGCCCCUGGCUGGUUUUGGUUAUGGAUUGCCCAUAUCACGUCUUUAUGCACAGUACUUCCAAGGAGACCUAAAGCUAUAUUCUCUAGAGGGUUAUGGGACAGAUGCUGUUAUCUACAUUAAGGCCUUGUCAACGGAAUCAAUAGAAAGACUCCCAGUAUAUAACAAAGCUGCCUGGAAGCAUUACAACACCAACCAUGAGGCUGAUGACUGGUGUGUCCCGAGCAGAGAACCGAAAGACAUGACGACGUUCCGCAGUGCCUAGUUACCCUUGAAAUGCCCAGAAAACCCAAACGUGACUUUGGUAUUACAUUUUGAAGGGAAGAUAUUCAGAACUACAUUAUACCAAAUAUUUCACAUCGUUUUCACAGUUAACUUUGGGUAGAUCAAAUGGAAACCGAAUUCCAUUUAUGCCUGUUAAACCUCCUAAAAAAUGAAAUUGUACCUAUUUUACACUUAUAUUUUCACAGUUAAUUGAACGUAUUUUUAAAUAACCAUGUUUUGGCCAACUUUACUCUUUAUGGUGGACUUUAAAAGUGUGGAAGUCUUUGUGUUUCUACAGGAAGUUGUGUAGUUUUUAAAAAUACUUUUCAUUUAUGUAUGCUAGAAACAUUUCCUUAAUAAUAUUGAUUAGCUGGCUUAGUCAUCUUUCUGUUAUUUGGAGGCGUUCCACUGUUCUUUCUUUCACAGCAACACCUGUAAUAAGAUGGUCUUCAUAUUCCUGUGAGCAACUACAAGCAAAGCAGAAAAUAGUUCCCCUAUAAGUAUAGAAGCAGCCAUCUAUCAGCAUCUAUAUGCAUUAUCUUAGCUCCAAAGUUAAUUUAUCAUUUUUAAAUUUUCUUACAAAAGAACAUAAUAAGCAGGUCUCUGGGCAUCUAAGCCAAGGUCAUGGGCAAUUUAUUUGAAUGUUUGUGAUUAAUGCAAGGGGAAAUAUUUAUAUUAGAAAACAAACUAGGUGCUACUAAAAUCCUAGAGAAGAAAUGGAGGGCAAAGCAGUGAGUCCCAAACUAAUCAAUUAUUGAAAUUACCUGGGGUAGCUUUUGAGAAACUAGAGUUUUUCCAGGUCCUGCCCAAGACAUACUGAAUCAGAAUCUCUAGGAAUUACAGUUUUUAAAAACCUUCCUGGGUGAAUCUGAUGCAUAGCCUAGUUAGGAAACCGCUCUUUAAAAAUGAAUAGUGAUACCACAUUUGCUAAAGUAGCAGGAGAGAUCUUUGGGUUUGGUUUCCAUAUAUUUAAAGGUUAGAUUUCUAGUCUCUAAGACAAACUGAAUCUCAGGUCUGGUGCAAUAAAAAGAUAAAGCAGCAAAUAAGAAUUAGAACAAAAUGAUUACAGGAGAAUAGUCAGGUAACCGAAGAAUCAGAACCCUAAAUGUUGAAGUCCUGAUGAAGAACAUAUAUUUUAUAAAAAUAUCCAGACUUUGUUAUCAGGAGAAAAUCAACUUGGGUUCAUCACAAUAAUCCUUUACAUUUGUAUGGUAAUUUGUAGUUUACAAAUACUUUCAUAUAUGAUAACUCUGUUGAUCUUUAAAGCAAUGAGAGAUAGGACAGGUGGUAUCAUCCUCAUUUUGUGACUCAAGGGUUUGGCCCAGUGUUGCAAUGAAUUGGAACCAGGGCCCAAACCAGGUCUGCUGAUCACUCCCAUUAGCUGGUAAGUCUGGGAGAUGAAGUUAGGAGAUGAUGUCAUAGUCUUACCUCUUCUUCUUUUAAGGUGACAGGAAAAUACAUUUAGAAUAAAUGUUAAAGAUUAAAGAUACAGCUUUACCAUUUAAAUGGGGGACUUUAUUGAUCUGGAAAAUACAUUGAAAUGAAGCACCUCAUUCUCAAAAGGAUUACGUAAGAUUGACAAUUCUCUAUAAAUAUGUAGGCUAGAAAGGAUAUUAAAGGGAGGUUAGUCCAGUGUCCUCAUUUGAUAGACAAAAUCCUGAGACUUGGAGGGUUGUAUGGUUUGCUCAGGGUUUCUUAGCUAAUCUGUCCAAAUGCUGGAAAAGGACGUAUUGCCUAACCUGUCAUUACUUAAUUAUGGAUUUUGUGAAAAAUAAUAGACUAGGUUAAUGGAUUUAUAUUAGUACAAUGUGUUACCCUUUUUUAACUUGAAAUCACUUUUCUUGUAGUGAUGAAAUAUUUUAGAGUCUUUUGAAUCAAAGUAUUCACUUUCUUUCCUAAAUUAGACAUUUGUAUAUCUGACAUAAAGUUGAUCCUUUAACUUAUGAAAUAUUCUUCUCCUUUCCCUAAAAAAUUAAAGUUCUUCCCUCUUUUAAGAGUUAAGAAUUGGUGUUUUCAAAGGAAAAGUGAAAUAUUUUCCUUUAGCUUGUUGUUAAGGUAUAACAACUUUUUAGUUGUUAUUGUGGUGAUAGAAUAUUACAUACAAAAAUAUUUGGGGGGAGCUUUCUCCUGGUUGGUUUUAAAUCAUUGUGCUACCUAAAAAGUUUUUAGAUUCUUAUUAUAGCUCUUUUGUGCACCAGCAUUAAUUAAUGCAGUGUAGAUAUAAAAAUGUACUGAAAGUUAAGAAGUGGAUACUGAGUGAUUUUUAUAAUCUGAGCAGUUAAUGAAUUUGCUAACCAUUUUUUUUAAGGAGAGGAUAGCAAAAUGAUUCUUCCCUAUACUUAAAAGACUGGCUGGCUUUGGCUGUCUUCAUACUUCCUAGUGAUCACUUCCUUGCACUGUGAAGUUUUUACAUGAAGAUGUUGAAAUGGAAGUCUACCAUAUUAUUUUAUAAAAUGUUUUCUGUAUGACAGUAAACUGAAAACAUGCACCAACUCUUACUUUGAAAAUAAAUUGGGUCAAUUUAGAUUAAAAAAAUACAAUUAUGUCUUUUAAAUAAAAGUCUCUUUGAUCUUCAAGGCUCAACAUUCUGUAAACAUUUAAAAAGUUGUAGCUUAGGUGCCUUGAAUUAACUUUCAUUAUCUUCAGUAGAAAAAGUGUUUAUUCUACAAUAAACAAGAGGUGGAGUUUGUAUGGUUUGACUUAUUCUAGAUUUUCAUUAUCCAAACAUACCACAUAUGACCGACUUAUUGCAUAAAUGAAGAUCUUCUGUUUUGUGACUUUAAAAGGUUAUAUUUAAUGUACUCUUCGACUAACUUUCCACAAUAUAAGUAGUUGUAGGAAAGUUUUUAAUUUAACCAGGAUUACCUUCUGCUUUACUCUCUGAAUGCCAGAACUAAACUUCUCUAGUUAAAGAUAAUCCCGAUCCUAUUCCUAAUUAAUGGGAUAUAAGCACUACAACUUCCCCUCAGUGCUAAAGCCUGCCAAUUUCAUAAUAGAACUCCAGAGGUAGAGAACUGGGGAAACAAACUAUUCGAGUUAUGGUCCUGCUGUGGUACUGUGAAUGGCUAAUCAGGGAGGAAGCCAAAUAUCAGUUAACCGAUUUCAGUUUACAUCUUCAAUUGCUUGGCAUAACUGUGAAGUUUCAUCAUAUGGGUAAUUAGGGUUGAGUUAGCUGGGUUGCAAACAUGGCUUCUGUUGAAGGAACUUUUCUUCAUAGUUUGAUUAACUUCUGGACCCACCAUUUCUUACAAUCAAACCCCAAAGUACUUGAAAAAUACUGUAAUUAAUUCUGUGCGAAGGAUUUUAUGCAUGUCGAAAAAGAACUCACCACUAGUUUGCUUAGUUCCAGCAUUUUAAACUACUGAGCAUUUUGUUCUAUGUACGUGUUGGAAAAGAAGAAUUAGACAUAUCCUACUGUCCACUUUUUUCUAGAGUCUUCAUGUUUCUUUAGCAAUUGCUAAUCAUAGGUUUUAAUAGCAAAACACAAGCUCACCAGUUGUCUAUGCAAAACUUUAGUCAUUUUAUCUUUACUUUACUUGGAAAAACUUAUUUAGGUUGGGGAAUAGUGACAGCUAUGUUUUAAU